GCGACCGCUGUGUAUUGUGGGACAAGUGGAAAUGUAUCAAUGAUGGCUGCUUCCAUUUCGGGUUACACUUUCAGUUCUGUGUGUUAUCACAGCGCUAACAGCAAUUCUGAUCAUGAAGGAUUCCUUUUUGGAGAAGUAAGGCAAGAGGAGAAUUUCAGCAUCAGUGAUUCACAGCUUAGUAGUACUGAGUUAUUGCAAGUAGUAGAAGUCCACAAUCAUGAACCUUGUGCACACCUGUUUAGCUUUUACGACUAUGCAGGCAAAGUCAAUGAGGAUAAUCUCAGCAGAAUUCUCAAAGAAAGGAGAAAAAAUGUCAUCGGCUGGUACCGCUUCAGAAGGAACACACAGCAGCAGAUGUCCUUCAGGGAGCAGAUUAUCCACAAACAGCUGAGCCACGUCCUGGGCAUGUCCGACCUCGUCUUCCUCCUCUUCAGCUUUAUCUCAACUGCCAACAGCUCCACGCACGCGCUGGAGUAUGUGCUCUUCAGGCCAAACACGAGGUAUAACCAGCGGAUAUCUCUUGCCAUCCCUAACCUGGGGACCACCAGCCAACAGGAGUACCAGGUGUCGUCUGUCCCAAAUACCUCCCAGAAUUACGCCAAGGUCAUCAAGGACCAGGGGGCUGAGUUUUUCGAAAGGGAUGGAGUGAUGAAGGGUAUCAGAACAAUCUUCGAGGUCUACAGUGCACUACAAGAGAAGGUUCAAACUGUGUGUAGAGAGGUUGAACAGAGCGAACGUGUGAAAGAGAAAGUCCAGGAAGAAGUGACCAGACUCAAGCAACAGAUCUCUCUCAGGAAACACAAGCGUGCGGAAGAAGACAGGAGGCUACAGGAAGCAGCUGCUGCAGCAGUCACAGACACAGGGGCAGACUCGGUUUUAGCAGAGGACUCCGAUCCCGCCCUGCCAUCUAGGGUGGCUUUCCACAGCCCCACCCCAGAGCGGCCCGGCCCACAGGCCCGUACCUCGGACACUCCACCCGCAUACUCAGACAUGGUCCCCCGGGACUCCCUAUCAGCAUUGUCCCCAGGGCCUAGCACGGUGCUCCUGCCUCGGCCCCAAGCGGUGGGGGCCUCUGGGUACUCCGUCUCCGGCCACGUCUUCGGCGGCGUGGGGUACCCUGGGAACGGGGACGGGUCGAGCGCAGACUUCUUGGACAGGCGGGCCGCGGGGCAGGAGGACGAGGAAGAAGAGGAGGAGGAAGAUGAGGACGACGAAGACGACAGCAGCGAGUACGAGAACCUGGUCAUCGAGCCCUCGGAGCUGGCUGACAGCGGAGUGUUAUCGCUGCCCCAGGGCCUGAGAGCGGAUGGCAAUGCCCGAAGCUCACAGGCCUCUCAUAGCUGAACGCUGGCGAGAGGACUGGCUCAGACUGACCUGGAAAAACCUCAGUAUCAUAUUUAAAAGGAAGGAAGAAAGGGUGGCUUUUAAAUUUUGUUGGCCCUCAGACAUGACAGCGUUCAAAUAAGAAGGACAAUGGGUGUUUCCCUCUGGAAUGGAGAUUUUUCCAUAAUUUAUAAUACAAUGUGUAUAAUGUGUAUAAUACACACAUUUUAUGGACAUGCAAAUUUUGCUUUGGCCAGGUCACGGGAAGGAGAAUUUCCUGGAACACCCACUUCACUUAAUUCACUUGUUCCAGUACCUCUGCACUGUUUUGCUUUGUCAUCAUGUUAAUCUAAAGGAAAGAGGAAACUGUUUUCUGUGGCCUUCAGAGUUUUCUUUAUUGAGCCAAAUUAGUGGUUAGCUUGUGUUUGUUUUCCAACCUAGCCAUGGUAAUCAAGGAACAUUAUAAUUGCUUUAGCUUGUACGCUUGUCAGCCACACAUUGUUACCUUUUAAUUAUCAAAUAUAUUCUUGCUGCAGAGGUUGCCUGUAACUUUAAGAUGAAAAUAAUUAUGCUACAAUAAGGGGUGCUUUAUUUCCUCUCAGAUCACAGUGUAACAUGAUCAAUAUGACGAAAUGGUCUUAUCAUUUAAUACCACUGACUUUGUGUACCCUUCAGUGCACUUAGAAUGUAAUCCCUCCCCAAGUGUAGAUGUGCCGCAGUUGUUGGCUUCUUACUUUUGAAUCAACACAGCUUUCAAUCUUGUGCAAUCUUCAGGGCUUACAGAACAAUUGUACUAGCAAGAAGCUGCUUUCUGAGGUCAAAUUUGAGAGUGCAUACAGAAAAAAAAAAAGCAUAUCGUCCCAGAUUGUAAAAUUGUCACUUCAACUGUGAACUGCAACUACUGAUACCGGAUCACCUAGAGUUCGCUCUAGUAUGCAGCUUCACAGAAGAGAAGCUCUUUCACAGAUCUGAUGCUGUGCUGGGGGAGGAAAUGGCAUAAUAUGAAUCAUAUUAUAAUCAAUAGACCUCAUAGACGCCAGUCAGUGUUCAGACACAAACUCAGACUCUGUGCCUUCUGUGUGUAGCAAGACCACUGAGCAUGAAGGUCAGACCCGCAGAACACGGCCAUAGUAAAGAGUGAAGAGGCUAUGGGCAGUGCACAAAGAUUAGAGCAAUUCUGUGCCUACUACUGUGGAUCUGAGUUCAACAUGGGUGGUAGCACAAGUCAAAACCUCCAGCUUUUUUUUUCAUGUUUAAUGCAAAAUGGCUCCCUUAAUGCUGUCAUGUUAAUGCCACUAUUAUAGUGUUGUAAACCAGGUUGUAAUGGCCCAAUUACAUGACUGAUUCGUCAAGUAUUUGUUGGUACAGCAACUGUUUGGACACUAAAAAAGUGAACAACAAAUGUUUUAUUGCUAAAUCUAUACAAAUUCUGCAAUUCCUUGUUUCACACAGGCCAUGCAUUACGUUGAUCUUGGCUGUGAUAAUCCUUUUUAAAUUCAGAACAGCAGUAGAAGGCACAGUAAGAGGCAUAAGCAGGUACUCUGCGUGGGUUAGCCUUUGAGAACCUGCUUUACUGUAAAGCACAAAUCCAGUGAACGUGUAAUCAACCAUUUACUCUGGGUCAGAUGCUGGAUGCAUUAGUGCUGGAAUACUUUGGAGACAUUUACUUCAGACUCAAUUUGAUUUGUAUACAAAAGAUAAUAAAGGAAAUGUUUAUUUGGUU